AUUAAAAUUACCACAAUGACCUCAAAAUUCCCCGAUCCACCCCCCACCCCCUACCACCCCCUCCCUACGCAACCCCAAUACAUCAUCGUUCUACCUCAUUACUACCGUAACCCUAACCACCUCUUCCUCCGCCGUUACAUUUACAUCGCUGCCGCACUCCUCCUCAUCGGCGUCGCAAUCUUCUUCCUCUACCCAUCCGAUCCAGAACUCUCCUUUUCCCGUCUCCGUCUCCGUCACUUCAAAAUCCACUCAUUCCCUAAAAUCGCAUUCGACGUUACCUUAGACGUCACUGUCAAAAUUCGUAAUAGAGACUUCUAUUCCGUCAAUUUUAAAUCAGUUGUGAUUUCUAUAGCUUACAGGGGAAAGCAACUAGGACAUGUUAUAUCUGAUUAUGGUCGUAUUAAAGCUAGGGCAUCUUCGUAUAUUAAUGCUACGCUUGAGUUGACUGAUGUUUGUUUGAUUACUGAUAUAAUACCGUUGAUUGAGGAUUUGGCUAGAGGUUCUAUUACUUUUGAUACUGUUACUCAGAUUGGUGGUGAGCUUGGUUUGGUCCUCUUUAAUAUUCCCAUAAAGGGGAAGGUGUCAUGUGAAAUUGUUGUGGAUACACGCAAUGAAACGAUUUCUCAUCAGAACUGCUACCCUGAGUGACUCGGUUCGUGAUGGAAUUGUGAAUUAUGGAAAUGGAUAGAGGGCAAGUAUCCAACUCUGCUCGAGGCCGUGUAAAUGCUCUAUGGUCAUAUUCAUGUUGUGCAUUUGAUUACGUUUCAAAGGUUUUGGAUAUUUUGUGAACUGCAUAUUUGGCUCCCCAUUAAUGUAAUUAUGAAGGCUUUCGUGUUUGUGGGGAACAAUAUUUAACACGUCUGACGUGUUCUUUCUGUAAUAGUAGCAUUUAUCAUUGUUCUAGGAAAACCAUAGUAAUGUAACGACAUAAAGUAUUUUCACGUGCAGCUAA